AUGGCAUUGUUUCCAUUGAUCACUAGGUAUAGUAAUUCCGAUAAAAACAAGGUUAUUGUGAAGGUACCAGAGUCAAAGCUAAGACAGUUCAUUCGUCAGAUGAUUGCCGAGUUUAUUGGAACUGCUUUCUUUGUUUUCAUGGUGGUUGGAUCUGUAGUAUCUGCAACUUUCUUUCAAGCCGAUGGAGUCAUCCGUAUUGUUUUGAUUGCUUUCAUUCAAGCAUUUUCACUUGCCACUAUUGUUUGGUUCACUAGUGGUGUCUCUGGUUGUCAGUUGAAUCCAGCUGUCACCUGUUCAUUGAUUACCACCUCUCGUAUGGGUUUCUUCAAUGGACUUGCUUUCGUAAUCAUGCAAGCAUGUGGUGCAUUGGCCGGUGCUUCCUUGGCUAAAGCUGCUACUCCAGGUCCAUAUGAAGGAGACCUAGGAGCAACAACAAUCAAUCCAGAUAUCAGUAUUGCCAAUGCAUUCUUUUUAGAGUUUAUGGCAACUUCUUUGUUGUGUAUGGUUGUACUUUCUAUGUCUGUGUUCAACGAGUGGGAUCAACGUCUCGGUCGUUACGCUCCAUUGGCUAUUGGUUGCGCAGUGUAUGCCGGUGUUGCUUUGUUAGGACCAUGGACUGGUGGAUCUUUGAAUCCAGCUCGUUCAUUCGGAUCUGCAACACUCAGUGGUGUAUGGCAUGAUCAUUGGCUAUACUGGGCCGCGCCAAUUGCCGGUGGUAUAGUAACCGGACUGGUCUGGAGAUUCAUCCUCAGAGAAAAGGUCGCACUUGUAGAUCGUCCAUAUUCUGAAUACGCACCAAAUAAAUAUGGUGUACCAAGAAUUAGUAGUAGUAGUAGUACAAAGAAUCACUAUGGAUCGACACCUAUACACGAAGCCGUCAGAAGAGGUGAAGUAGAGAUGGUCAAGUUCCUACUGACUCAGAACGCUGAUCUUACCAUCGGUGACAUCGACGACAACACACCACUGCAUUUGGCCAUCAUGUGUGAAGAUGGUGAACUCAUUCCAAUCCUACUCGAGGCCGGUGCACCACUGGAUCUCAAGAACAAAGACAACGACACACCCGCUCAAGUCACUCAAGAUAAAGAGAUUUUAGAUUUCAUCCAAGAAUUCAUUAAAUAUAAAGCUGAACAAAAGUUAAAACAACAACAACAACAACAAUCAUAA